AUGACCACACUGAAGAUCGGAACCAACAGUGUACCUGGUGUGAUUGCCUCUGUUGAUGUCCACACCACCAAGCCCAGGUACCCUGUGGCUGCUGGAAGCCCUGGGCAGACUACAGGGGUGAUUACUUACCCAGCCUCCUCAAGCAUGGUCCAGGGCACCUCAAACCCAUUUCAGUGGAACAUGUCGUUUGGAACCUUUUCCACAUUUGACCCCAAGGAAUUCAUAAAUGAGGAGGUCAGGACAUUGGGGGCCAUCCAGAUCCUCAUCGGCCUGAUGCACAUCUUUCUGGGGAUCAAUCCCUUACUGUAUCCGAAAGGACUAAUAAUGUGUGUGACCGGAGCCUCGGGGUACCUGUUCUGGGGAGGAAUGUCAUUUAUUACAUCUGGAUCCCUCUCUGUCCAUGCAGCAAAGGACCCCAGCCCAUGUAUGGUGAAUGGCAGCGUGGGCAUGAACGUCGUCAGCGCGAUCUUCUCUCUGUGUGGGAUGUGCAUUCUCAUUACCGAGAUGGCCCUGAAUCCCGAGAUUUAUCUGGUGGUAUAUUCCGGGAGUCUCUUGCCCUUCGCCCUCCUGGAAUUCUGCCUCACUUGUGUGGUCUCUCACUUUGGGUGUCAAGCUACCUGCUGGAACCGCUUCAAGAACAUGACAUCGAUUUCUACCCGAUUCAAAGCCAACCCGAUCGGCACUACCCACGGCCCCUACAAUGCUACCCACAGCGCCAACAGUGCUACCCACGGCCCCUACAAUGCUACCCACAGCGCCAACAGUGUCACCAAUGGCCCCUACAAUGCCACCAACAGCGCCAACAGUGUCAUUAAUGGCCCCUACAAUGCUACCCACAGUGCCAACAGUGCUACCAAUGGCCCCUACAAUGUUACCCAUAGCGCCAACAGUGUCACCAAUGGCCCCUACAAUGCCACCAACAGCUCCGUUAACCCUGCCGCCAGCCAUGGCACCAACUAUGUCAAUGUUGCCACCAGCCCUGUAAACACUACUGUUGGUGUUGUCCACGCUACCACCGACCCUGUCACCCAUGCCUACCCCAACACCACGCCACAGGAAGUACCCUCCUCUAUACCCUGA